AUGCCAUGUUGGCUGCUUCUGGAAAGUAUCCCUCUCUUUGGUACUAAGACUAUUGGCCGGAGAAGUCCUGAUGGACCAGUACUGAGCAAAGCUGAAUUUGUUGAGAAAGUUCGUCAGAGUAACCAGGCCUGUCAUGAUGGAGAUUUCCACACGGCUAUUGUUCUGUAUAGUGAAGCCCUGGCUGUUGACCCUCAGAAUUGCAUCUUAUACAGCAAUAGGUCUGCAGCCUACAUGAAAAUCCAGCAGUAUGACAAGGCACUGGAUGAUGCAAUCAAAGCCCGGCUUCUCAAUCCCAAAUGGCCAAAGGCAUACUUCCGGCAGGGUGUUGCCCUCCAGUACCUCGGACGUCAUGCCGAUGCCCUGGCAGCCUUUGCGUCUGGUCUGGCUCAAGACCCCAAGAGUCUCCAGCUUCUGGUGGGGAUGGUAGAAGCUGCCAUGAAAUCUCCUAUGAGAGACUCCCUCGAGCCCACGUAUCAGCAGCUUCAGAAAAUGAAACUGGACAAGAGUCCCUUUGUGGUCGUGUCUGUGGUUGGGCAGGAACUCCUGACGGCUGGCCAUCAUGGGGCCUCUGUGGUUGUUUUAGAAGCUGCUCUGAAGAUCGGCACCUGCAGUCUCAAACUGAGAGGCUCUGUUUUCUCUGCCCUGAGCAGCGCUUACUGGUCUCUUGGAAACACAGAGAAGAGCACUGGAUACAUGCAGCAGGACUUGGAUGUAGCCAAGACCUUAGGUUACCAGACAGGAGAAUGCCGAGCUCAUGGGAAUCUGGGCUCUGCAUUCUUCUCCAAAGGAAAUUACCGGGAGGCUCUCACUAACCACAGACAUCAGUUGGUGCUUGCCAUGAAACUCAAGGAUCGAGAGGCAGCCUCCUCAGCCUUGAGCAGUCUGGGCCACGUGUACACAGCCAUCGGAGACUACCCCAACGCGCUGGCCAGUCACAAACAGUGUGUCCUUCUCGCCAAGCAAUCCAAAGACGAACUUUCAGAAGCUCGAGAGCUUGGCAACAUGGGGGCCGUGUACAUCGCCAUGGGUGACUUUGAGAAUGCCGUGCAGUGCCAUGAGCAGCAUCUGAAGAUAGCCAAGGACCUGGGGAACAAGCGGGAAGAGGCCCGGGCCUACAGCAACCUGGGCAGUGCGUACCACUACCGGAGGAACUUCGACAAGGCCAUGUCCUACCACAACUACGUGCUGGAGCUGGCACAGGAGUUGAUGGAGAAAGCCAUUGAGAUGCGUGCCUACGCCGGCCUCGGCCACGCCGCUAGGUGCAUGCAGGAUUUGGAGAGGGCGAAACAGUUUCAUGAGCAGCAGCUGGGCAUUGCUGAGGACCUCAAGGACCGGGCUGCAGAGGGGAGAGCAUCCUCCAACCUGGGGAUCAUACACCAGAUGAAGGGCGACUAUGACACCGCGCUGAAGCUGCACAAGACGCACCUGUGCAUUGCACAGGAGCUCAGCGACUAUGCCGCCCAGGGCCGCGCCUACGGGAAUAUGGGCAAUGCCUAUAAUGCCCUGGGCAUGUAUGACCAGGCAGUCAAGUACCACCGGCAGGAGCUGCAGAUCUCCAUGGAAGUGAACGACCGUGCCUCCCAAGCCUCCACGCACGGGAACCUGGCCGUGGCCUACCAGGCCCUUGGCGCCCACGACCGGGCCCUGCAGCACUAUCAGAACCACUUGAACAUUGCCCGGGAACUCCGAGACAUCCAGAGCGAGGCCCGGGCCCUCAGCAACCUGGGCAACUUCCACUGCUCAAGGGCAGAGUAUGUGCAGGCUGCCCCCUAUUACGAACAGUACCUCCGGCUUGCCCCUGACCUCCAGGACAUGGAAGGGGAAGGGAAGGUCUGCCACAACCUUGGCUACGCCCACUACUGCCUCGGAAAUUACCAGGAGGCUGUGAAGUACUAUGAGCAGGACCUGGCUCUGGCCAAAGACCUUCACGAUAAAUUGAGCCAGGCAAAAGCCUACUGCAACCUGGGCCUAGCAUUCAAGGCUCUGCUGAAUUUCAGCAAAGCUGAAGAGUGUCAGAAGUACCUACUGUCCCUAGCCCAGUCCCUCAACAAUUCCCAGGCGAAAUUUCGAGCCCUCGGGAACUUGGGUGACAUAUUCAUCUGUAAAAAAGAUAUAAAUGGUGCAAUAAAAUUCUAUGAGCAGCAGCUGGGUCUCGCUCACCACGUCAAGGACAGAAGACUGGAGGCCAGUGCGUAUGCGGCCCUGGGCACCGCCUACCGGAUGAUCCAGAAGUACGACAAAGCCGUGGGUUAUCACACACAGGAACUGGAGGUCUACCAGGAGCUGAGCGACGUGUCGGGGGAGUGCAGAGCUCACGGGCACCUGGCUGCCGUCUACAUGGCCCUUGGGAAAUACACCAUGGCUUUCAAGUGUUAUGAAGAACAGCUGGAUCUUGGGCAGAAGUUAAAGGAUCCAAGCCUAGAAGCCCAGGUCUAUGGCAACAUGGGCAUCACAAAGAUGAACAUGAAUGUGAUGGAAGAAGCCAUCGGCUACUUUGAGCAGCAGCUGGCCAUGCUGCAGCAGCUAAGUGGAAAUGAGUCUGUGCUCGACAGAGGCCGGGCCUACGGCAACCUGGGGGAUUGCUAUGAGGCCCUGGGGGAUUACGAAGAAGCCAUCAAAUACUACGAACAGUACUUAUCUGUUGCCCAGAGUCUGAAUCGCAUGCAGGACCAAGCCAAGGCUUACCGGGGCCUAGGAAAUGGACACAGGGCAAUGGGGAGCUUGCAGCAAGCCCUCGUGUGCUUUGAAAAGAGGCUCGUGGUCGCCCAUGAGCUCGGGGAGGCCUUCAAUAAAGCCCAAGCCUAUGGAGAGCUGGGAAGCCUGCAUAGCCAAUUAGGGAAUUACGAACAAGCCAUUUCCUGCCUUGAACGCCAGCUGAACAUUGCUAGAGAGAUGAAGGACCGAGCCCUGGAGAGUGAUGCGGCCUGUGGCCUGGGGGGCGUUUACCAGCAGAUGGGGGAGUAUGACACAGCCCUGCAGUACCACCAGCUCGAUCUGCAGAUAGCAGAGGAAACCAACAACCCCACAUGCCAGGGCCGAGCCUACGGGAACCUAGGCCUGACGUACGAAUCCCUGGGCACUUUCGAGAGGGCUGUGGUCUACCAGGAACAGCACUUGAGCAUCGCUGCACAGAUGAAUGACCUGGUGGCCAAGACGGUGUCAUACAGUAGCCUCGGGAGGACCCACCAUGCCUUGCAGAACUAUUCCCAGGCAGUCAUGUACUUACAGGAAGGUUUAAGGUUAGCUGAGCAACUGGGACGAAGAGAAGAUGAGGCAAAAAUUCGCCAUGGUCUUGGCCUUUCCCUUUGGGCUAGUGGGAACCUGGAGGAGGCCCAGCACCAGCUUUACAGAGCCUCAGCCUUAUUUGAAACCAUCCGCCACGAGGUGCAGCUGAGCACGGACUACAAGCUCUCCCUGUUUGACCUGCAGACAUCAUCCUACCAGGCUUUGCAGCGGGUGCUCGUCAGCCUAGGCCAUCACGAUGAAGCCCUGGCUGUGGCAGAAAGAGGGCGCACAAGGGCAUUUGCCGAUCUUCUGGUGGAACGACAGACGGGACAACAGGACUCUGACCCCUACUCCCCAGUCACUGUGGAUCAGAUCCUGGAGAUGGUGAAUGGCCAGAGGGGACUCGUCCUUUACUACUCCGUGGCAGCAGGCUACCUGUAUAGCUGGCUGCUUGCUCCUGGAGCAGGAAUUCUGAAAUUUCACGAACACUACCUGGGCGAUAACACGAUGGAAAAUUCUGGGGACUUCCAGGCCAGCAGCAGCACCAUGCUACCCACAGCUGCGAGCUCGGCCCUGGAGCAGCACAUUGCCAGUGUCCGGGAGGCGCUGGGUGUGGAGUCCUACUACUCCAGGGCCUGUGCCAGCAGCGAGACGGAGAGCGAGGCUGGAGACAUCAUGGACCAGCAAUUCGAAGAGAUGAGCAACAAACUCAACUCCGUUACCGACCCCACGGGCUUCCUGCGCAUGGUCCGUCGCAACAACCUCUUUAACAGGAGCUGCCCGAGCAUGACGAGCCUGUUCAGCAGCGCUGUGUCACCCGUCAAGGACGGGACCUCGUCUCUCCCCAGGAGGCAGAGCUCGCUGGCCAAGCCUCCGCUGCGCGCCCUCUAUGACCUGCUCAUAGCGCCCAUGGAAGGGGGCCUGAUGCACUCCAGCGGCCCAGUGGGCCGGCACCGGCAGCUGAUCCUGGUCCUGGAGGGGGAGCUCUACCUCAUCCCUUUCGCCCUCCUGAAGGGAAGCUCGUCCAACGAGUACCUCUACGAGCGCUUCGCCCUCAUCGCUGUGCCCUCCAUCCGCUCCCUGGGCCCGCAGUCCAAGGUAACGCACACGGCCCUGGUCUGGUCCAAAGGCAGACUGUCCCAUCACCCCUGUGGCUCCCUGCCCACUCCAGAAGCAGGGCUGUGGGUCCUCUGCGCAGCUCUGCUGGCACGUCAUGGCCGUGAGCUGCUCCAGGCAAAGCCUGGCGCCAGGCCAGGUCGAGGGUCUGAGGAGCUGCCUCCCAACCACGCACAGGCCCAACAGGCCCACCCUGCCUGGCAUGACGCUGGCACUGGCUGGGCACCACCAGCACCCCUAGCUAGGGGCAGACAGGACAGUGGAAGAAUCGGAAACAGAGGAGCAGCUUCCAGGGACAGGCAAAGUGGGGCGAGGCGGGGCAGGCUGGUCACCGCAGGACCCCGCCUCUACACAGCCCUCUCCUGCCCCGCCGGCCUGUGGGAGGCGGCCCUCCUAGCACCCAGCCCUGGUUGUUUUCAGGAGCCCUCACAGCAGGGAGGUCUCAGUAGGCGGGACCUGGGUCAGAAAGGUGUCGGGUCCUACAUGGUGUCAGAGCUGCUGGGCUGCCAGCCCCUGGUGGGCAGCAUGGCCACCAAGGAGAGGGUCAUGAGUGCGCUGACCCAGGCCGAGUGCGUCCACUUCGCUACCCACAUCUCCUGGAACACGUCCAUGGCAGCUGUCAUCGGCAACCCCAAGCUCCCGUCGGCGGUGAUGGACAGGUGGCUGUGGGGGCCCAUGCCGUCGGCCGAGGAGGAGGCCUACAUGGUGUCAGAGCUGCUGGGCUGCCAGCCCCUGGUGGGCCGCGUGGCCACCAAGGAGAGGUGCGUCCUCGUGUCCCUGUGGCCUGCACCGGCGGCUGCCUCCAAGAUGUUCAUCCACGCCUUCUACUCAUCCCUGUUGAAUGGCCUGAAAGCCAGCGCCGCCCUCGGGGAGGCCAUGAAAGUGGUGCAGAGCAGCAAGGCCUUCUCACACCCCUCCAACUGGGCAGGGUUCGUGCUCAUCGGGAGUGAUGUUAAGCUCAACAGUCCCUCGUCGCUCAUCGGCCAGGCCCUCACGGAGAUCCUGCAGCACCCAGAGCGCGCGCGGGACGCCCUGCGUGUGCUGCUGCACCUGGUGGAGAAGUCCCUGCAGCGCAUCCAGAAUGGGCAGCGAAACGCCAUGUACACGUCCCAGCAGAGCGUGGAGAACAAAGUGGGUGGCAUCCCCGGCUGGCAGGCCCUCCUCACCGCCGUGGGCUUCCGGCUAGACCCCCCGGCCACAGCGGUCUUCUUCCCAACCUCUGACCCAGGCGAGCGGCUCCAGCAGUGUAGCAGCACCAUUCAGUCCCUGUUGGGUCUGCCCAACCCUGCCCUCCAAGCCCUCUGCAAGCUCAUCACGGCCUCGGAGACAGGCGAGCAGCUCAUCAGCCGGGCUGUUAAAAAUAUGGUUGGAAUGCUCCACCAGGUGCUGGUGCAGCUCCAGGCCGGAGAGAAGGAGCAGGACUCCGCCUCGGCUCCCGUCCAGGUCUCCAUCAGUGUCCAGCUGUGGCGGCUCCCGGGCUGCCACGAGUUCCUGGCGGCUCUAGGUUUUGAUCUCUGUGAAGUUGGUCAAGAGGAAGUGAUCCUGAAAACUGGGAAACAAGCCAGCCGGCGAACCGUGCACUUCGCGCUGCAGUCCCUGCUGUCUCUCUUUGAUUCUACGGAGCUCCCCAAGCGCCUCAGCCUCGACAGCUCCUCGUCCCUGGAGUCCCUGGCCUCGGCUCAGUCCAUUUCCAAUGCCCUGCCCCUGGGCUACCAGCACCCGCCCUUCUCUCCCACGGGGGCAGAGAGCAUCGCCUCGGACGCCAUCUCCGUGUACAGCCUGAGCUCCAUCGCCUCCUCCAUGAGCUUCGUGUCCAAGCCUGAGGCCGGCUCAGAAGGGGGAGGCCCGAGAGGCCGGCAGGACUACGAGCGCUCCAAGAAUACUUACCCGCAGCGGUCCACCCUGCCGCGGAGCCAGCUGUCUCCCCAGAGCCGCCCCACCGGCAGCAAAGAGGAAGACGAAUAUGAAGGUUUCUCCAUCAUCAGCACUGAGCCCUUGGCAGCCUACCAAGAAAACAGAAAGACUCGCUUCUCCCCAGACCACAAGCAGUCCAGAGUCGGGACAGCUGCAGGUGUGAAGGUUUCUGUGAGCUCCAAGGGCAGCGUGAGCACCCCAAACUCCCCAGUUAAAAUGACCCUGAUUCCCAGCCCAAACUCACCCUUCCAAAAGGUCGGGAAACUCGCGAGCUCAGAUACAGGCGAGUCAGACCAGUCUAGCACAGAAACGGACAGCACCGUGAAGUCCCAAGAAGAAACCAACGCAAAGCUCGAUCCUCAAGAGCUGGCCCAGAAAAUUCUGGAGGAGACGCAGAGCCACCUCAUCGCAGUGGAGCGUCUUCAGAGGAGUGGCAGUCAGGUGAGCAAGAGUAACAACCCCGAAGACGCCAUCUCGGCCCCAGCCAGUGCUGCUGUCUUCAGGGCGUCCGAAACGAGCGCGUUCAGCAAGCCUGUCCUCUCCCAUCAGAAGGGUCAGCCGUCGCCCGUCACUGUCAAACCAAAGCCCCCAGCCAGGAGCUCAUCCCUGCCCAAGGUGAGCUCGGGGUAUAGCAGCCCCACCACCUCGGAGGCGUCCAUCAAAGACAGCCUGAGCCAGCACAGCGGCCGGCCAUCACCCGGCUCCGACUCCCAGACUUCCCUGACGGACCAGCCUCUCUUUAAACUCAAGUACCCCAGCUCUCCUUACAGUGCGCACAUUUCCAAGUCCCCAAGGAACAUGUCCCCUAGCUCAGGCCAUCAGUCUCCUGCUGGUAGCGCGCCGUCCCCAGCUCUCUCCUACUCCUCAGCCGGCUCCGCUCGCUCGAGUCCAGCAGACGCUCCUGACAUAGACAAACUAAAGAUGGCCGCCAUCGAUGAGAAGGUGCAGGCCGUCCACAACCUGAAGAUGUUCUGGCAGAGCACACCUCAGCAUUCCACGGGACCAAUGAAAAUCUUCCGGGGGACCCCUGGAACAAUGACUUCCAAAAGAGAUGUCCUCAGUCUAUUAAAUCUGUCGCCACGGCACAACAAGAAGGAGGAAGGCGUCGACAAGCUUGAACUUAAGGAGCUGUCACUGCAGCAGCGCGAGGAAGCACCACAGAGAGCCCCUCCCAACGGACACCGGCGCACCGAGACCACCACCCUGGGCACCCUGCCUCUGCCUGCCGGCCCUCCCGCUCCCGCUCCCACGCGCCCUUUGAGACUGCCUUCUGGAAACGGCUACAAGUUCCUGUCCCCUGGGAGAUUUUUUCCUUCCUCCAAAUGCUGAAGCAUCUUCCUAGCCACUGACUCAGAGCACAGUGGCCCGCAGACAGGGCCUCAGAUUUAUUCCUCAGCCUCGUCCCUGCCCAAGUGCGUCACCCUCACAGCCACCCGCACCACUGCAUGCGGCGGUGCUCACUAGGGGAGGGGCACGAGCACGCCCCGGCGCCACCACACGCACUGGUGGCUCUUCUGGUCCCUAGGCCAGGUUCACCAAAAGCCAGGACUUCUGUGAGGUUAGUACAGAAGGCUCAUGGAAUUUUCUACACAUUUCACCAAAUGUUUACCUUGGGACUCUCCGCUUCUCAUCCUCGAUGUGAUCCUUCAACGGGAUUUUAUACGAAACAGUCAUGGUUCUGGGGGGGAGAGGAAAGGGAGCACGUAUUUUGCUAAGAGGUAUAUAUGCAGUCCCUUUUCUACACAGAGAUACAAAUACAGCUUUUUAUUAAGGCUUUCAGGUGCUGGUUAGGGGUGGGAUUUACAAAAUCUCUCAAGUCGAAUACUACAUGGAAUUGUUCUAUUAGCCAAAAAUGGAAUAAUGGUUUUUAAAAUGCCACUGAUUUGUGGAUAAAAUGUAGCGAUUUUGAUUCACAGUAGUGCGACGUCACAUCAGCAAUGCAAUAAGCCAGGCUGACACAGCGCUUCCGUCCUGAGCUCUGCUCCACGGAGCUCGGCAAACGUCCUCCGGGCCCCACUGUCGACCAAACUUGAAUUUUCUUAAAAAAUGUAUGUAACUCUUACCCAGGCAUUUUAGAACUAUGCAAUUGUGAUUUAAAAUGCAACUUUGUGCUUUUUAAGACAUUAUUGACCAUUUUUGUACAUGGAUGAACCUGGUUUUAUUAUCAAUAGUACUUCACACUUAUAGCUAUUAUUUUUAAAAGCUCAAAAUUUUUUAAAAUGUCAAAUUUUGAAUAACCAUCAAUAAGUAAUUAUCAAGUUUGUGGGCAAAAGUUGAAAUUAUUCUGUUUCCUUAUAAACAAGCAAACAAAAAAUCCCCUGGCUAGCUAAAUUUAACUAGACUCUAGGCUUUUAACUCUUCCUUCCUUUUUAUCAGCUGCUUUAUCUUAUUGUCUCUUCCCUACUCAGGCCCCUGAAGCCUACUCCAUCUAAAUCCUUUGCCAGACCCUCCCUUGGUGGUGGCCAGCCUCUCCUCACUCCUGCUGCCUGAAGGACAAGUCCCUCUGCUUAGGAGCCUUGUGUCCGUGUCCUGAGAGGCAGGGGUCUGCAGGCUUCUGGCUGGGCCACACGUCCAAAUCGUUGCUAAGCAGAGAAACAGGGCUUACUGUAGUAACUGCAGCUGGGCCUCUCCUACCACAAUGGCAGCAUCUGUACAUUGUCGCCAGCUGGGGUAAGAGAAGGGGACAGUCUAGUUAAGGUAGUAACCAUUAAUUUAUUUUAAUAAAUGAUGAAAAUCAUAUUAGUACUAAGUUAGGUUGGAGAAUUUAAAUAUCUUUUAGAUGAUUCUAAAAAUAAAUCCUACCAUCCUCACUGUGAGAGUGUAUCGUGCACAGGUGCACAGCCGCCUGGCCCAGGACCCCAGCCACACACCGAGAAUACCAGCAUCAGGACCCACCCCCAGUGGCGUUUCACCCUUGGGCAAGAUCUCUCUCUACACACCCACUGGCCUUCACCCGCUCUUGUGUGCCCCUCUGAGAAGCAGACAGGACACUGUGUACCCGACCUGUGUCAUCCUGCUCUGCCCUGUAGAGGUUUGCGUGUUGAACUCAAUAGCCAUGUUGACAAAAGCAAACAACUCAGAUGUCACAUUCCAACCUGGAUCCCAACACCAGAAGAGGCUUCGUACAGGAGCAAGCAGUUAUAAAGAUGUCUUUAUGUUGGUAGAGAAAAAAAGAAAUGGUAAUAAAAGUACCCAUGUAGCCAAUAAGCCAAAUUUAUAGCACUGUGCAUUCGAAUAGCAAAAUCAGGUCCUCCACAAAAAUCACCCUCAAGGCAGAUUCCUAAAUCCAUGCGCGGAGAACGAGGCUAUCCUUUUCUCAGAAAAUCUCU